AUGGAUCAAUUCUGCGCCUCAGACCAGAAAGAAGAAAAAAGAAGAGAUGGGCAUGUAAUUAACAAUCAGACCGAAGUUCACUCAUCACCAGAUAAUAUGUUUGAAAAUGCAAAUAAAGUCCUCGUAACAAUUCCUAUUGCCACCAUAACAGAAACUAAUGAAUUGAAGUGUAGUAAUUCUGGAAAUGCUGGGAAAUCAAGAUAA